AUGGCUGCCAGAGUGAUGUUAAUUAGAGUGGCUGGUGUGAAGAGGCUUCUACAGCGGCGCGUUCCCGAGGCCCCGGACCUGAUUAGCCCUUUCCGAAGUAGCUUCUUUGGUGCUUCUCCCCUGGGCCGAUGGCUCCCAGAAUCUGCAUGGAAUUCAAGCAGAUGUAGCAUCUCUACAGCAGCAACUACUGCUAAAUCAGAGGAAGAUGUGUUUUAUAAGUGGUUCCUGCUCCUCAUUCCUGUGACUGCCUUUGGUCUGGGAACAUGGCAGGUCCAGCGUAGAAAAUGGAAGCUGAAGCUAAUUGCAGAGCUGGAAUCAAGAAUUAAAGCUGAGCCUAUUCCUCUGCCUGCAGAACUGAUGGAGCUGAAGGAUUUGGAGUAUAGGCCUGUGAAGGUCAGGGGGCAUUUUGACCACUCCAAGGAACUCUAUAUCUUGCCCCGAACUAUGGUGGACCCUGCACGAGAAUCCUGGGAUUCAGGCCAAUUAUCCUCCACAGUGGAAAGUGGUGCCAAUGUUGUCACUCCUUUCCAUUGUACUGAUUUAGGGAUUACAAUCCUAGUGAAUAGAGGAUUUGUUCCCAGGAAAAGAAUAAAUCCAGACACUCGGCAAAAAGGCCAGAUUGAGGAUGAAAUUGACCUCAUUGGAAUGGUGAGAUUGACAGAAACUCGAAAACCCUUUGUCCCUGAAAACAAGCCAGAGAAGAACCGUUGGCAUUACCGUGACCUGGAGGCGAUGGCAAAAGCUGCAGGCGCUGAGCCCAUAUUCAUUGAUGCCAACUUCAAAAGCACAAUCCCAGGAGGGCCCAUUGGUGGCCAAACCCGAGUAACUUUGAGGAAUGAACAUAUGCAGUACAUCAUUACUUGGUAUGGAUUAUCUGCAGCAACAUCAUACAUGUGGUUUAAGAAAUUUGUUCGACUACCCUAGUAGACAGACAGCAAAUUAAGGGAGAAUGUGGGCAAGUAGCCGUGGACAAAAGUGCUGAGAUCAAUUUAAGUAUAUUGCUGCCCAGUUAAUAGGAUCUAUCAGUUUUUAACUAUUAAAAUAAAAGCACCCAUCUCUAAUGGAA